AUGGCGAAGACCGUGCUCGUAACGGGGGGAGCAGGUUACAUCGGAAGCCACACGGUGCUUCAGCUCCUCCUCGCGGGGUUCAAGGCCGUCGUCGUGGACAACCUCGAGAACUCCUCCGAGGUCGCUAUCAAGAGAGUGGCCGAGCUUGCCGGGGAGUUCGGGAAGAAUAUCAUCUUCCACAAGGUAUGCGUCGAUUUAGUGGCUGGUUGGGGAGAGCGGGCACGAGGUGCAGUCAUGUGUGAACCCCGUUAAUUUUUAAUUUGAUUUUAUCUUCGUAUUUUUACUUUUACUGUUUCCGGUUUUUUGUCGAGGGAACGCAUUUGGGUCAAUUUUUUUUUUACGAUCAGUAAGAUCCUAAACGAGAAUUGUUUUUGGUGAGGUGCCGCUUGGUACAACUGUCAGAUUCUGCAAUGCCGCCCUCUGUUGCUCGCUAUUUUUUUAUUAUUUUCAUAAUUUUGCCUCCCAAAGGGCCUGGAGAUGCAUAUUUGGGGAACUCUGCAUGCGUUUGCCUUGAGAUAUCUUCCGAAUAUUAAUCCUGAUGGUUCGAUCCACCGAUUCUCAAAAUGUGAUUUCGUUUGCUGCUACAUUGAGAAAGAAAACUAAAUAAAAGAGAAAUGACGGCACUCUAUCGAUUAUUUGUUUCCGUUUGUUUUCGUUGUUUAGAACCCUGAGAAAAACUACGCCAAGGUGUCUCAGGUGCCAAUAAUAAAAGAUGUUAUUUUUUUUUAGAUUGACAUCCGGGACAAGGAAGCGCUGGAGAAAGUAUUUGCUUCCACGACGUAAGACUUGCUCAUUUUCUAUUUCUGCUUUAAGUGUGAAUAGUUCUAAAAGAGGUUUUCACAUCAUUUUUCUUACACCUCUACGGGCUGAUCCGUUGCCGGGAUAAGGAGAUAACUACAAACCGUUUUUUAUAGAAAUAAAUGUCGAUUAUAAACUUCACUCGCCAUGAAAUGAAGAAUACGUUCUUUGUUAAUACUGUCGAAAUUCACAUUCCAGGAUCCCAAGCAAAGCCCCUAGUCGUCUGUCACUAGUGAUUAAGUAUCUUUUCGUCUAGUGUUUCUUUGAAAAUGCCUCACCGAUCUAUUCCUUGGAAAAUUGCCAAUCAGAAAGCGAUUCAAAAUUCACGUUUGAAUUUUGUUGGAGGAAGAUAUUGUAACAAAUCCCUUUCUUCUAGAUCGUUGGUCAGUGGAACGUAAACAGGGUACACGAGGCACAUUUUUAUCAGAAAGCACGCUCUUUGGCGCCUGCACUUUGAUGGGCGAUGUCUUGGAAAAUUUUCUAAUCCUCAAAUUCCGUCUUAUACUUCUAACAGAAUUAUUGGAGAAAUCUACAUACACCCACUUUGCUGCAGAUUUCUUAUGUAAAGGUUAGAUCUUGAGAUAACUAUUAGGGACAUUGGAGGGAUCCUUGUUUGUGAAGUAUUGUUUAAUUGUCUGAUUCGCGCCAUCUUAUGAGGGACUGUACAGCUAUAGCGAAGUAAUUGUACAGGUAGAGUGGUGGUGGGCAGAGUCUAAUGUCAGUUUCAUUUUUAUUGCUUACAGAUAUUGGUUUUUCAACACGUAGGCACUUAAAAACGUCCACUUCCUUAGACACAUCCUUUUCCUAUGCUCUCUCUAAUUUUUUAUUGUAUUCUUAUGUUCGAUACAUACAUUGUACCAUUACGAAAGAUGAAGUUCAACAUCAAGUAUGAUCCAGAGAAAGAAACGGGAACUUUCAGUUCCCUGAAGGUCCAGAUUUACCGGCAGAAAUGAUCACUUAAUUGAAAAAAAAAUUCGCCCACUAAAAAUUCUCACCGAUUGCUUCCGACUUCUCUGUAACACUAAAUUUUUCAGUAUUUUUGUUGCUCAUUCCGGAUAGCUGUCUCAUAAGGAUUCUGUUUAGAUACAGAUUUGAUGCGGUGAUUCAUUUCGCUGGACUGAAAGCUGUUGGUGAAAGCGUACAUAAACCGCUGUUAUAUUACAACAACAAUAUCAUUGGCACGAUCAACCUGUUAGAAGUUAUGAGUGCUCAUGGAUGCAAGAAGGUAAGGUCUGUUGACGGAAAACGGUAACGAACUCAGAAGAGCAGACAGCUUUCUGGAAUAGUAAAUUUUUGGAUUCUGCAUCAUAUCCUGCAUCUGAUCCUGCAUUGGUAUAGUCAUAGGAAAUGCACCUCUGCGGUUUCUUUGCUUGAUAUGGUGACUUGUGUCUCUAACCAGAAUAUGAAACUAAAAGUCAUCCCUGUGAAGGAGAAUGGGGUGUAGUUUAUCUUCUAUUAGAAUCUGUUCAUUCUGUUGACUUUUUCAUCUUAGUUGCAUAGUCAGCGAGGCAUUGACUUGUAUCUCUUGGCUCUGCAUCAAUGUCCUUUAUAAUUCGGUCAGGCAUUACUAAUCCGUCUUGCUCUGAACCCAUCUUAAGUAGAUAACUUCAAAAAAAUUGGUGCAGCUUGUUUUCUCAUCAUCGGCGACUGUUUACGGUUGGCCUAAAGAAGUUCCUUGUACAGAAGAGUUUGACCUGUCUGCAACGAAUCCGUAUGGAAGGACCAAGGUAUCCUUCUCACCCUGGUUCACUAGUUAUUUCUGCUAAUAUAUCUUCGGGGCCGCUUUAUUCUCCCAUGCCUAGUUUUUAAUUAUUAUUUAGAGGGAGCCUUCGUGAAUCUCAGCGUUGACUUAACUACCACUUCUGCUGAUGAAACCUGUCAUGGGUCCUCGCAGCUUUUCAUUGAGGAGAUCUGUCGUGAUAUCCACAUUUCCGACCCUGAUUGGAGCAUUAUAUUACUUCGAUACUUCAAUCCAGUCGGAGCACAUCCUAGUGGUCACAUUGGUGAGGAUCCCCGAGGGUUUCCAAACAAUCUCAUGCCCUUUGUACAGCAAGUUGCUGUCGGAAGAAGACCCGCGUUGACUGUAUUUGGAAAUGAUUAUUCAACCAAGGACGGGACAGGGGUAUGAUUUCCUUCCAAGGAGUUUAUACUUGUUUCAUAUUGUUGCUUGAUCUACCGUAAAAUUGGUUAAUUAUUUAUCCAUUAUAUAUUUUUUUCUCGGUGGUUGCCAGUUGCAUUAAUGGAUUAAUAAAAACUUCUUUUCCCAAUAUGAUUGUGAUUUUUUUUCCUUUUUUGGGCAUAAUCAUCCGAACUGAACAGUUGGUUGACUUGCGCAAUGUAUGGUCGGUUAAGAACUCACUGUAGGUUUUGUCAGAGAGCUAUCUUACGCCCAGCUUAGCGAGGUUGACCAACACUAGAUGCAUCUGAUGUAUAGCCCUAAACUCAUUUAACCAUGCUCAUAGAUCCUGAAGAUCCUCGCUCAUGGCUGACCCAGGCUCUGCCCUGGCCCUGUCACUACAAGUUAUGGUCAACUAACACCGUGUGUUCUGCCGUUCUCAUCUUCUUGCCAUGGCAAUGCCCAUCUUUGACAUUGAUACGGUUCAAAUGCCUUGGCAAAUAAUAACCAUUAUAUUCCUUCUCUGAUUUUUCUUGCAGGUGAGGGACUACAUCCACGUCGUUGACUUGUCAGAUGGUCACAUUUCUGCCCUGCAGAAGCUGUUCGACGGAUCCGAAAUAGGUGCGCCAAUUCUGAAAACAAGAACAGCCCGUUGAUUGGUCAACUCCCUCUGUGAUUUAGCAUACAAUGACUAUUAUUUGCUAAUGGGUCCUCCAUCUCGUCGGGGGAUCAGGCUGCGAAGUCUACAACCUGGGAACCGGAAAGGGGACGUCAGUACUGGAGAUGGUGGCGGCAUUUGAGAAGGCCUCCGGGAAGGUACACGAAGUAGCCGUCGUCCCUUCUCUCCCAGGGGAGGGCGGGAUUUCUGAAACUAUUCGCGCCGGCUGACUCGCCCGCUUUUGCCCAGGAAAUCCCUCUCGUGAUCGCCGGACGGCGGCCUGGGGACGCCGAGAUCGUCUAUGCGUCCACCGCCAAGGCGGAGAAGGAGCUCCACUGGAAGUACGCGCCGAAUCGAGAGGCUCACCUUGCGCUGCUCCAUGUUCUCUGACCAUCUGGCUUCCUUCCUUUUUCUGUGGAUCUGCAGGGCCAAGUACGGCAUCGAGGAGAUGUGCAGGGACCAGUGGAACUGGGCCAGCAUGAACCCGUGGGGCUACGGCUGUCCCGAUCCGGCCGACUGA